UGCAACCUAUAAUUCAAUAUUAUGCUUUUUGCAAACGUAAAAAAAUAUUUGAUUGUCAUUCUUGAAUUUUCAUUUGCGUGAGACGGACGUUUUGAAAGCGUAGUCGCGUGUUUGAUCCUAAAGUGAAAUAUAAGUUUUAUAAUUUAAAAAUAUAAAGAUGCCCCAAUUACAAAAAGCUGCUCCCCAAUUCAAAGGUACCGCCGUCGUAAACGGUGUUUUCAAAGACAUUUCUUUGGCUGACUACAAAGGCAAAUAUGUUGUAUUAUUCUUCUAUCCUUUGGACUUUACCUUUGUUUGCCCAACUGAAAUUAUUGCUUUUUCCGAUCGCGCUGCUGAAUUCCGCAACAUCGGAUGUGAAGUGAUUGGUUGCUCAACUGACAGCCAGUAUACCCACUUGGCCUGGAUCAAUACACCACGCAAACAAGGUGGUUUGGGUGAAAUGGAUAUUCCAUUGUUGGCCGACAAAUCCAUGAAAAUCGCUCGUGAUUAUGGUGUAUUGGAUGAAGAAACCGGUAUUCCCUUCCGUGGUCUCUUCAUCAUUGACAAAAACCAAAACUUGCGCCAAAUGACCGUCAAUGACUUACCUGUUGGUCGCAGUGUCGAUGAAACUCUUCGCUUGGUGCAGGCCUUUCAAUUCACCGAUGAACACGGUGAAGUCUGCCCAGCCAACUGGAAGCCCGGACAAAAAACCAUGGUCGCCGAUCCCAAAAAAUCUAAGGAAUAUUUUGCUGCCGCUUCAUAAAUGCUGUUGUAACAACCGCGUUUAUGAUGAACAACAUCUACAUAAAUCAGCAUAAUAACUCAACAUUUAUAUUGUAGUAUUUAAUGAAGAAAAUAUCAAAUGUUUUAACUCUGGCAGUAAAUAUACGUUUGGUAUUUUUUACACCCAGUUUGUCUACAUUAUUAAUUCCUUAAAAUAUCAAUAACUACAUUAACAUUUAAAUACAUAAAAAACAACUAUUUUAUAUAUAUUCUUAAAAAAUAUCAUACCUAAAAGAGGCCCUGGACAAAGUUAAAUCUUUGUUUAGGUUUGCAGUUUCUUCAUGUUGUUAAUGCUCUUACCAAUUAUUAUACAAUAAUUCCUUAUUAGCUUUAAUGACCGAAUGGCUAAGAGAGAACCAACAUGACAUUUACAUGAAUUGUAUUUAUGUCUUUUUAUUUAAUUUGCAAGCAAAACCAAAAUAAACAAGUAUUCAAAAACAAAAAUUAAA